CUGCGCAGGCGCCAAGCUCGGGGACCGGAAGCGGAAGGCCUGUCGCCUAGGGUCGACACCUCAGUGAGCAGCAGCUAUGCGCGGCUCGGAGGAGCCGGGGUCUCGGCCCGCAGCGACCCCGUGCGGGUGCGUGAAGCCGGCUCUGGAAACAGGGAAUCUUUUAACUGAGCCAAUUGGCUAUUUGGAAUCCUGUUUCUCAGCGAAGAAUGGUACUCCAAGGCAGCCAUCUAUUUGUAGCCAUUCGCGGGCUUGUUUGAGAAUUAGAAAGAGCAUCUUUAAUAAUCCUGAACAUUCUUUGAUGGGCUUAGAACAGUUUUCUCAUGUUUGGAUUUUGUUUGUUUUUCACAAAAAUGGUCAUUUGAGCUGUAAGGCGAAAGUGCAGCCUCCCAGGCUGAAUGGUGCGAAGACUGGAGUUUUCUCCACAAGGAGCCCGCAUCGUCCCAAUGCGAUAGGAUUGACCCUGGCCAAGCUGGAAAAGCUAGAAGGUGGAGCUAUAUACCUUUCUGGAAUUGACAUGAUUCAUGGCACACCUGUCCUAGACAUAAAGCCCUACAUAGCUGAAUAUGACUCACCUCAAAAUUUGGUUGAACCUCUACAGGACUUUAAUUUACAGAAAAACCAAUAUAAACCCAAAAAUACAUCUCAGUCUAAUGGCAAGAUUGACAGCUAUGACCAGCGACAGAUCUCAAGGUGUGAUAAACCACAAGCCUAUAGUCACACUAAGGAGAAACCUAAAUGUCCUGAAGAUAGAACUUCAGAAGACGAUAUGAAACGUGACAACUCAACAAAAGUCCAGCAAAACUCCCCUCAGCACAGGGAGAUAGCAGCAGAUUUGGGCUUAGAAUCAAGAAAUGAUGAAAGUCUGAAUGUUGUAGAAGAACAAAUUGGCCCAUAUUGCCUGGAGAAGAGCUUUUCAGACAAGAUCAGGCACGUUCAGGGUGGUAUGGCCGUAGAUGAGAAGAGCUUUUCAGAGGAAGGUACAGAAAAGAGGCUAAGGAGUGGGAAAGAAGCAGUGGUUCCAAAAGGAAAUAGUGCAGAGUUGCAGCCCAUGGCUCUUCACUGCCCUUCCAGGAUGGCUGGUGCAGCCCCCCACAGCAUGGUCCCUGCCUGGGUGAGAGAGGCCCCUGUGGCCACCUUGGAAGUCCGGUUUACUCCUCACGCAGAGAUGGAUCUUGAGCACCUCAGUUCAGAAGAUGGCAGUCAGUCUUCAUUUAAAUAUUUUCAAUCAGCAGAGGAAGCAAGGCAUGCCAUUGAGGCUGUGUUGUCAGCCGACCCUCGGUCCAUAUAUCGACGGAAGCUCUGCCAGGACCGCCUUUUCUACUUUACUGUAGACAUAGCACACAUCACUUGCUGGUUUGGUGAUGACUUUGCAGAGGUUCUAAGGAUCAAGCCAGCUUCAGAACCUGUUCAGAUGACUGAUCUUGAGGAGUACUUGGUGUCUCUGGGAUCGUAAGUAGCCUCCAUCAUGCAUUUAAAACAGCCUAAUCGACUUUGAAUUGGCUUUUGGAUUAUCUAUACAAGUUAAUGAUGUGAUGUGUUAAUGAGUCUUUGCAGAAAGAACAGUUUGUGAUCUCACUGCUUUGAUUGAUUUGGGUUCAAAAUAAUUAUUCGAAAAACAUUUUUAAUAAACAGAGAUACAAAAUUUAGAGAAA